AUGUACCUGUCUUUCGCUACUCCCUCAGAUGCCGUUGAAGAGUUUCUCCUCACUGAAAACGCGUUUGGCAUUCAUGAAGGGCCGAACGACUACUCCACCAACCUUUUCACAGGUGAACAGACGACGACUGCAUAUACCGAGUUUCAUAUAAUCAGCGUCGUUUCUCCACGCUUAGUCAUGAUAUUGCGCGAUAACUAUCUCCCAGAACCUUUGGAAGAUCAGCGCGAAGACAUCCGCAAUAACAAGAGAUUGAUGUUGGCAGCUCGUAUGCAGGCGCACAGUCAACCAGACAACGCUAACUCCUUGCUCGAAGACUUGCCAAUAGCGAAAGCUCGAAACUCCUACACUGUGAUUCAAGACGGUCGGCUUGAACUGGCUGAAGGUGCAGACGGAGUGCCUAGAGCGGCAGACAAAUUCUACUUCACUUUCUUCCGCCUGGAGAGCAGACAUGUGCAGACCAUCAACCUUGUCAUGCUGGACCAAGCCCACCACAGCUCGCACAUCGUAUACAAGUCGAAAGUCGCAUUGCAAGCAGCUCUGGACUUCUAUUUGGAUUAUCCAACCCGGACUAGAGGAGUCUACAGUCUGAAGACGAUAAGUGAUCGACCGAACGACCCGAUGCUGGCUUUAUUACGAAAGCUGGAGACGAUUGCCCGUUCAUUGGGCUCAUCUGUCAGAGCGAAGUACUACAUCGACCCGCUUGAUGAAAUCAAGGAUACGCCGCCUCCUGACGGAGCGCCGACUUUCAAUGACGUGGUUGCCCAAGUUUUAGAAACAAUAGAAAACGAUUGCCCGACAGUAAGUCUCGUGGCGCUGCCCGCAACCGUCAUGAGUGAGGUGUUAAGCAAGCUGAAGAUGUCUGCUUCAACGAUCAAAAGGCUUGACUUGAUGGCGAUGGCGGAUAACCGACGCUGCUUCCCAGACCAGAUUUUUCUAGCAGUGCUUAAGGCAGAC